AUGUCCAACACCCAGGAAAAUGCUAUAAGAAGAAAAAUCGUCAUCGUUGGUGACGGUGCAUGUGGUAAAACCUCGUUGCUCUACGUCUUCACCCUAGGCAAAUUUCCCACUGAAUAUCAUCCAACUGUCUUUGAAAAUUACGUAACUGACUGUCGAGUCGAUGGCAAAGCCGUUCAAUUAGCAUUAUGGGAUACUGCUGGUCAAGAGGAAUACGAAAGACUAAGACCCUUGUCCUACUCAAAGGCCCAUGUUGUCUUGAUAGGUUUCGCAAUCGAUGUUCCCGAUUCCCUAGAAAACGCAGGCACAAAAUGGUACGAAGAAGUCACUGCUAACUGUAGAGGCGUCCCCAUAAUACUCGUGGGCCUCAAAAAGGAUCUCAGGCUCAGCGAAAAGGACUACAGAUACGUUCAAUACAGACAAGGCGAAAUAGUAGCAAGAAACAUAGGUGCAAGAAGAUACAUCGAGUGCAGUGCUUUAACUGGCGAAGGUGUCGAUGAUGUCUUUGAAAUUGCAACAAGAACAAGCUUGAUAGUAACGCAUACUCAAAACAACCGUUGCUGCUCUAUUUUAUAG